AUGUAUAAGAAUUUAAAAUGGCGAUCAGCUGUUAAUGGCAAUGUGACUUCUGUUUUCACAGGGUUUUUAGCCAAAACACAUUAUGAAGUUCUGGGAAUAAAUAAUAAUUCUACGACUAAAGAAGUGAAAGAAGCAUAUGUCAAGUUAUGCAAAGAGUUGCAUCCUGAUAAAAAUCCAAAUGCUUCAAAUCAACAUGAGAAAUUUGUUCAGUUAAAUGAAGCAUAUGUGAUAUUAGUUAGACCAGAAACCAGAAGUCGUUAUGAUUUAAGUUUGGUUUCAAAACAGAAUGAAGCAUCCAAAAGAAAUUGUUACUCCAGUAGUGCUGCUAAUUGUACACAUUAUUAUAGAGCAUAUGAAAAUGAUGAUUAUACCAAAGAAAAUGAAACACACCAUUAUUAUAGAAAUCAUAGUUAUUCACAUUCUCCUCCCUUAGAAAGGAUAAAGAAUGUUUACAUUGUAGUUGGUUGUGUUAUUUUAAUAAUUUCUGGUUCCUUAAUUCAUUUUGCUACAUUCAGGUUAGGUAUGACUUUUUCUGAGAAAAAGUUGGAUGAGAAAGAUAAAAAACUUCAGUCUAUUUAUUUUGAUGUUAAGUUAAAUGCCAUUGAUGGACGAGAUGCCACAAAAAUAGUUAAAAUGCAAGACAAACUCAACAGGAACAAGUCAAGUGCUUCUCUGCCAAAAACUGACGAAGAAUCUUGAUUUUUAUUUUUAAUGAAAAUUUUGUAAAUAUUUCAUUAUCGUAAUUUAUGCAUUUUAGCAAAUAUAAAUAUUUUAUGAGACAAAUCUCAAAAUGAGUGCCCAGUAAUGAGGAAGAAGUUUUAUGUAUAUACAACAAUAUGUUAAUAGACUAUUAAAUUUAAUUAAAAGUUUA